GUGAAAGAGAUGUAACUAUACCAAAUCGUUUAUUUGACCUUGAUUAGAUUUUGAACUGAUUGAUUAAAAUAUAUAAAACAUUUUGAAUUUGGGUCCAUGCUAGAGAUCGCAGAACUUCGCCCAAGUUUAGUUUUGAAUGUUGGCCGGGAAUCAGAAAAUCAAUUGAAGCAAGAGUUUCCAUUUGUGAGACGUGUAUUAAAUAGAGUCAUCGCGUGGCAUAAUAAAUUAGUCGAAAUGACUAAAACUCGAAGUGAAUUCAGAUUUUUGGUGUACGCCGGUGCAAUUUUUAUAUGUUAUUUUAUGUAUGGAAUGCUGCAAGAGAAAAUAACUAGAGGGAAAUAUGGAGAACAUAAUGAAAAGUUCACGUGUACUUUAUCAUUGGUGUUAAUACAAUGUAUCGUGAAUUACAUUUUCGCGCAAAUCUUGAUGCUUUCUAAUAAGCGGGAAGUGGAUACUACAAGAAGAGUAUAUUAUUUCUCAUCAGCUUUAACAUACCUGCUUGGUAUGGUUAGUUCCAACAUGGCAUUGCAGUGGAUCAAUUACCCAACACAGGUGGUUGGCAAGGCAGCUAAACCCAUACCGGUAAUGAUACUCGGUGUCCUAGUCGGGCACAAGUCUUACCCAAUGAAGAAGUAUUUAUUUGUUCUACUAAUUGUGAUUGGUGUGGUAAUGUUCAUGUACAAAGACCAAGUCAAGAAGACUGUGGAUGAACCAUCUUCCUUUGGAAUCGGGGAACUGCUGCUACUUCUUUCUCUGACCAUGGACGGUCUUACUGGUGCUGUGCAGGAGCGCAUCAAGAGCGAAUCCUCACCGUCCGCCUAUGCCAUGAUGCUAAACACCAAUAUGUGGUCUUCAAUGAUCCUGUCUACUGGUGUUGUGCUCAGCGGAGAGAUAUUCAAGUUCAUAGUGUUCGUGUCUGCAUACCCUGAAGUUAUAAUCUUCCUCAUCGGACUGGCAUUAGUCGGUGCUCUGGGUCAAAUGUUCAUAUUCUACAUGGUGUCUGAAUAUGGUCCGCUGCCUUGCUCUGUGGUAACGACGACGCGAAAGUUCUUUACUGUGCUGACAUCUGUCAUUAUAUUCGGUAACGCGUUGCUGCCUCGACAGUGGUUGGGAGCUAUUUUAGUAUUUACAGGAUUGUUCCUGGACAUGUUCUACAGUAAAGGCAAGUCGUCUGCGAAGAAACUAACGGGCAAAUGAUGAAAAUAUUUCAUUCUAGAAAAUUUACGGUUUGUGGAGGCAGUUUAUUUUUUUAUAUUUAGUUAAGUGAUUUUUUUAUUUAUUUUGUUGUAAAAUAUUUUCGAUUCUGUUGCUCUUACAUUUAUUUGUAAGUGGUUAUAGUGAAGUUUUAAAUUUAAAUAGCAAAAUUUUCUUAUUUUAACUUCAUGAGGCUGAGUUGUGUGGUGUGUUAAAUGUACUAUAUAUAUCAUAUAUUUAUUGACAAACGCAAAAUAAUUCAUAUUUUAUUGCGAAGAUAUUGAAGUUAUGCCUUGUAUGACGUCUGAUCUCAUGUUCUUUUAAAUCUUGUCAUGAUAACAAAUUAAUAAAGAACAUGUGCAU